AGCUACAGCUACUCCUCUGAGAGAGUGGGCCCCACGCGGCAGCGACGCACGCAUGAUAGGCUCGUAGCCCUCGCCGUCGUCGUCUUCCUCCUCCUCCUCCUCGCGCCGCGGAGAGGAUUCCAUCCUCCUCCCUCUCCCCGCCGCCGCCGUCAAUCCCGAAUCCCGAGGGCUCGGGUGGUCGUCGUCGGUCCGGGAUGGCGGGGAGGAAGCGGAAGGCGGAGGCGGCGCGGGCGGCGGAGGAGGAGGCCGACCGGGCGCUCUACGGCGCCUUCCGCGGCGCCGCCAACUCGCUCUCGCAGCUCUACGCGCUCGCCGGUGCCCACCAGCGCCUCUCCUUCCACGCCGGUGAGCGCCACGCCUUGGAAAAACUCUACCAGUGGAUGGUGCGACAGCAUGAAAUUGGCUUGAGGCUCACAGUAUCUGACAUAGCAUCCCACAUCCAGCACGAGAUUGAGUAUGGAGGUGACAAUGCAUUAACUUCACCGAGAUCGCAACACGCAUUCCAGAAUCUCCAAGCUCCAAUGCACAUCCCCAACACAAGCACGCAGCAGCCGCCAUCUUGUUCAAUCACACCAUCAAACCCUUCCAAGGACUCUAUGAUAUUUUCGAAAGCGCUAUCCAGCCCUGUCCGGCAAAACCUGCAACUGUACCAUGUACAGCAAUGCGGUGACACAGGAUGCUUUGCAGAUGGCAUUUUUUGCCCUGGAAACGGUGACUCGGAUCCUGCAGCAUCAAAUGAUUCGUCGGUGGAUAUGCAUUCAGAUAGCCCAGGUCAUGACUCAUGAGCCCUGAUUCCUGAAUGAGCAAUUACCAUUUUCCAGUUUGAUUCCAUGAACUGCAAUCAACAAACUUGAAGUAAAGAAGUGGAAUUGCCCUCACGCAAUCUGGGAUCUCAAUUUAAUCCCUCACCCAAGUUAACUUGUAAUUUGUAACUAGCUAUUGCCCAGUUACCUCAGAUAUAACGUGCACAUAUAUAUCAUCCAUGUAUGUACUUUCAGAUUAUAUAAUAGCUGACGUAUCAGUUUUUUAUGGUACUAAACAGUGAACACUGAUCAGUAAUUUCAGAUUGCAAAACUUUAAGCUAGCUUA